UAUUCUAUACAUAUCUAUACUGUGUAACCAGUGUGAGGGGUAUAAAUGGUCUGAAGGUAACAGAGUUUUUUCCCUUAGAGUCAUCCAGAAGUGCCCCAGGCUCAGGCAAGGAAAAGUUAAAUAUCUGUCUGUAAACAAUUUUUUUGGUCCCCUGCCCAACACACACACACAUAUACACUCAUCUAGCUACACCGGUAUCUUACUGCUGUCCAAAUCCUUUCCACCUCGAUACAUAUUUACUCUGUUAGAAAUACAUGUAUCACAGUUUUACUUUUCACUCAGGCAGAUCCAUCACACUCUAUUUGUUUUAUUGGUGGUAUGAAAGUUGUUCUGUUGGACAGUUGUUUUUAUUGCUGCAUGUUUUCCUCUGACACCACGUACAUGUGUAUAUUCAUAAUUGUGCUCUCACAAAUAGGGAUGUGCCACUCGUUAGAUCCUGUUCCUGACACAUGCCUAAGCAAACAGAUGAUUAUUUGUCUCAUCUGCUGCACUAUUUAAACCUCCUGCUAUCACCCAUCACCCAUUCAUACAGGCUUGCAGAGAUGGGGCCGCAGAAAUUUCUACUCUGGUUUGGCAUCCUGACAGUAGCAGCAGUCAGUGGAUGUCCAAUCGGCCGGGAGUUCAUCACUGCUUUCAUGCCCAAUCAUGUAGCUGGUGAUGGUACAGCCAAGCCCACCCUCACCAUCACAGCUCAGCAGGCUACAGCUAAUGUAUUGGUUGAGAUCAAGGGCCUGAACUUCAAACAAUCACUAAAGAUCGAAAAAGGGGCCACCAAAUACAUCACCUUACCCGCCAAUGCCGAGAUCUCCCAGGAUGGAGUCUCUGCCAAGACAGUGCUAAUUACAUCAGACACGGACAUCACAGUAAUGUCCGCUCACAUCAAGCCUUUUACUGGAGACUGCAGCGUGAUCUUCCCCAACACCCAGCUCGGCAGGAGCCAUGUUGCCUUUACCCCAGACGGAGGUCCCAUGAAAAAGAUUGUGGCCAUUGUCAACGGCAAAGACGUGAACACGGUUGACAUCCUGCCGUACUCUGACCUGGUGCUUGCAAGCUUGAAACACUUGCAACGAGGGGUUAAAUUAACCAUAACCUUGAACCCCUAUGAAGUUUAUCUACUUAGGAGUGAUAAAACACUUUCAGGAACCAGAAUCGACUCAAAGCUUCCCCUGGCUGUGCUUGGAGGACACGAGUGCCUUAGCAUUGAUGGCACCUGUGAACACGUCUACGAGCAGCUGGUGCCGGUAGAGUCACUCUCUGAUGAGUAUCUGGUUCCUGCCAUGCACUUGAUCGUUGGAACGGACACUGCCCAUGUGGUGGCAGCCCAAGACAACACCGACGUGACCGUCUAUCACGGACCCACUCCCCAGCACAAGACCCUCAAUGCGGGAGAACUCCUGAACAUCAGGGUUCAAAUGCCCACCAUAAUCCGGAGCAACAAAAAGAUCAUGGUCAUGUACACCAGUAGCAACACGCCCUUUGACGAGUUCCUGACCAACAUCAUUCCCGUAUCAGGCAUGGCCAAAUCCUGGACAAUCCACCCACAAGAUGACUACCAGAGUUUUGCAGUUAUCGUCUCUGAGGUGGAGACUAAAUCUUUCUUUGGCUUCCUGACGUUGAACGCGUUCCCUGCAAACAAGAAGUAUUCCUGGUCAAUUAAACCACUCCUACUGCAGAAAGGACCCAAAACCAUGUCUGGGGACUCACUUCAGGCCGUCUACGUUUUUGGUGGGAAGAUAAGGCACGGCUACAGCACAACAGGAAUCUGCAACACACCUCCUCUGCCACCUCCACUGCCAGCUGAUCCUUGUGAAAAUGUGAAAUGCAGUGAAAAAGAGCAAUGCCAGAAGGGCGUCUGCGUACGCAUCGAAUCAGCGACAUGUUGGGCCAUUGGGGAUCCUCACUACCAGACAUUUGAUGGGAAGCGGUUUGAUUUUCAGGGCACCUGCACCUACACCAUGUCCGCCACCACAAAGAAGGUUUCUGGGCUUGUACCCUUCAUUAUUCUGGCGAAGAAUAAUCACAGAGGGAGCAACAGAGUGGCCUAUGUGAGGACAGUUUCUGUCAAUGUAUAUGACCAAACGGUGGUUGCCAGCAAGCAAGUGGGCGUGGUUGAGGUGAACGGUGAGAUCACCCACCUGCCCAUAUCUCUAGCCGGAGGGAAGUUACAAGUGGUGCAAAGGGGGUGGAGCGUGUUGAUAACCACAAACUUUGGCCUAGAAGUGAAGUACGACUGGAACAUGAUGCUCUACAUCACUGUCCCAAGCACAUAUUUUGGUGCUCUGGGUGGCCUUUGUGGAAACUACAAUGGUGACCGUGCAGAUGACCAUUCAGAUUCCAAGGGAACAAAACUCUCCACCAUCCUGGAGUUUGCCAAGAGCUGGAAGGUUGAAGACAACGACUUGUUCUGCCAUGAUGACUGUGAGGGAAAAUGCCUCAGCUGCCCUGCGGAACUUCAAGAAAAGUACACUGAGGAGAAGCACUGUGGUCUUUUGGCAAAACCCAAUGGGCCGUUUGGCAACUGCCACAAAGUUGUCGAUCCACAUAUCUAUAUGGACAACUGUGUCUAUGAUGUUUGUAUCAAUAAAGGUAUCAGAACCUUCCUCUGUGACAACAUGCGAACCUACGCCGAAGCUUGUAUGACAGCUGGUGUGAAGAUCGACGCAAACUGGAGGGUGCUGUCUGAUUGCCCACUUCAAUGCCCAGAAAACAGCCAUUACGAACCCUGUGGAACGGCCUGUCCUGCCUCUUGCGGGGAUCGAGAUGCACCAACCAAAUGUAAAAGUCCUUGCUUGGAGGGCUGCCAGUGCAAUCCAGGCUUUGUCCUGAGUGACAGCAAAUGUGUGCCAGUGAAGCAGUGUGGUUGCACCUAUGAAGGCCUUUAUUACCCUCCCAUUGAUGCAUUCUGGGGUGACAAGUCCUGCACCAAGAAAUGCUCCUGUAAUCCAGUAACCGGGCAGGUCAAGUGCGCAACCACAAAGUGCAGGCCAUCCGAAGUGUGCGACAUCCGGAACGGUAUAAGAGAUUGCUACCCGCAAUCCUUUGGGCACUGCCAGGGCGCUGGGGACCCCCACUAUAAAACUUUCGAUGGCAGGGCUUUUGAUUUCCAGGGAACCUGCACUUACUAUCUCUCCAAGCUGGUGGAUGUGACUGAUGCCACACUGACAUCCUUCGAGGUUAUGGUCAAGAAUGAAAACCGAGGCAUGAACAAGGCCGUUUCCUACACCAAGACUGUACAGAUCAAAGUGUUUGAAUACACUAUUACAAUGAGUAAAGACAACCAUGGAAAAGUGAUGGUUAACGACCUGUUUGUGAAUUUGCCAUUUGAUGGGCACGAUGGGCAGCUGUCUAUUUUCCGCAGCGGCUUAUUUGGGAUCGUCAAGACAAACUUUGGCAUGACAGUACAGUUCAACUGGGAAAGUCAUGUAAGCAUCAUUCUUCCCAGCACCUACAGUAACAAGGUCGGCGGACUCUGCGGAAACUGGAACGGCAAUCCAAAAGACGACCUGACCAUGCCCGACAAAACCCUCGCAUCCACUGUUAUUGCGUUUGGAACCAGCUGGAAAGUCAGAAAUGACCCAGGAUGCACGGAGGAGUGCCAGGGCAAGAAGUGUCCCAAAUGCGAUGCUGCCGAGCGGAAGAAUAGCGUUUUUACCAAGGCCUGCGGACUUAUUACAGACAAAAACGGUCCAUUCAAAGGAUGCCACGCCAGAGUUGAUCCCACCCAGUACUAUGAAGAUUGUCUGUAUGAUAUGUGCAUGUAUGGCGGUCAUUCUACAGCCCUCUGUAAUGCUCUGUCCGCCUACACAGCUGUGUGUCAAACUGCCCUCACCGUCGUGGAGAGCUGGAGAACUGAUAACUUCUGCCCUGCUUCCUGCAAAGCUAACAGCCACUAUGACAUAUGCGGUGCUGGUUGUCCCCAGACUUGCAGUGGUCUCGCUGAGCCCACAGCCUGUGAGGUUGGUCCGUGCAUCGAGGGCUGCGUGUGUGACGAGGGCUUUGUUCUGAGCAAUGGUGAGUGUGUGGCUAUGGAGAGGUGUGGCUGCACCCAAGAAGGCCUGUACUACCAUCUGGGCCAGAUCUUUUACCCCAAAGAUGAGUGCAGUCAAAGAUGCACCUGUGGCGACCAAGGAGUUGUCAAGUGCGAAGACAGCUCCUGUGGUCCUAACGAACGGUGCGAGAUCCGCGAUGGGGUUCACGCCUGCCACCCUGAGGGCAAGGGAUCCUGCUCAGUAUCUGGCUCUGGUACCUACCACUCAUAUGAUGGCAACCACAUCAGCGUCCCAGGGAACUGUGUGUACAGGAUGGUGGAGAUGGUCCAGAUUGUAGACCUGAAGAGGACUCCCUUCAGCGUGUCAGUACAGCAGCUGUCUGCUCUUGGAGAAGUGAUAGUCACCAGGAAAGUCAAUGUUGUAAUAGAUGGAUACAGUAUUGCGCUGCUGCCUGGUCUUCUUUGGGAAAUAAGGGUGGACCAGGUAAAAGCAGUUCUUCCACUGGUUCUUGAAGAAGGCCUGGUGAAGGUCUAUCAAAGCGGGGCCUUCAUUAUUCUGGAAACCAGCUUUGGACUGAAGGUAACCUAUGACACUGUGUCCAUGGUCACUGUUGAAAUCCCGUCCACUUACAAAAAGGCAGUCCGGGGUGUCUGUGGCGACUACAAUGGCAAUAAGGAGAAUGACUUGACCUUGCCAGAUGGUACACAGGCAGCCUCUGCUGAAGCAUUUGUGCAAGGGUGGAUAUCGGUUCAGGAGGAAGUAAUCUGUCAAACAGGAUGUGGCUCCAGUUGCACAAUUCCCAACAAGAACAACGAAACAAAAGCAGAGAAUGCUUGUAAAAUCCUAACUCAGGAAAAGGGUCCAUUCACUAACUGCUAUUCCAAGGUUUCACCCACACCAAUCUACGAUGCUUGCGUGAAAGAUGUUGCAUCAAAUCUUGAUGAUAAGACACUUGUUUGCCGUCAUAUCCAGAAGUAUGUUGCCCAGUGCCAAGACUCCGGCAUCUCCAUCAGCAUCUGGAGGAAUGCAACCUUCUGUCCGAUGACAUGCCCCGCCAAAAGUCACUACGAGCUCUGUGCAGACACCUGCUCAUCCACUUGCGCCAGCCUUACCAUGUCACAAACCUGUCCAGUGUGUCUGGAGGGAUGCCAGUGUGAUGAAGGCUUCGUGUUUGAUGGCGGCGAGUGUAAGCCUGUAGAUGAUUGUGGUUGUCUGGUAAAUGGCAGAUAUUACAAGUCUGGAGAGUCGUCAGUCUCUGGAGACUGUGUGGAGGUGUGCUCCUGCAAGGCUGGGCAGUUCACCUGUAAGCCCAUGAAAUGCUCUGAAGUCGAGGUUUGUCGCAAGAUGGAUGGCAUUCCAGCAUGCGUGUUUGACCCAUGCAAGAAUAAAGACUGUCGUGAGAAGGAACAAUGUAUGGAGAAGGAGGGUAAGGGCAUGUGUGUCCCCAAGUCUAAGGCUUCGUGCCGAGCCGUUGGAGACCCUCACUACCAGACAUUCGACGGCAGCCUGUUUUCCUUCCAGGGCACCUGCUCCUAUGUACUGGCCAAGACAUCAGGCGAAGACAAAACCCUCACAAAUUUCACCAUCAUCCACAAGAACGAGCUUGCUCUGGGAGCACGUGGCUCCUACAUCAAGUCUGUUAUCAUAAAGCUCCCAGGUCAUGACAUAACUGUUAUUCACGGAAACCGUAACAAAGUGACAGUUGAUGGUAAAGAAACCUCUCUCCCGGUGUAUCUGGACUCUGGCGCCAUCAGUAUCGAGCAGUCAGGCCUCCCAGGAGUUCUUAAGACCGAUUUUGGCUUGGAGGUCACCUUUGACUGGGGUGAGUUCUUCCUGGUGACGGUGUCCAGCAGCUACUACAAAAACCUGGAGGGCAUGUGUGGAAACUACAACGGCGAACCCAGCGACGACUUCGUCACACCAGCUGGAGAAACCACCGACGGCAUCACGGAAUGGGCCGCGUCCUGGAGCGUUCCCGACAAUGACCGCAACUGCUGGCACUUCCCCGCAUGCACCGACGAGCAGAAGAAGCUCUACAAUGGGCCGAAAUACUGCGGCUUGCUGGUGGACCCAACUGGGCCCUUCGCUAAUUGCAACGAGACGGUCAGGCUGUCCCAGUUUCCCAACGACUGUCUCUUCUACGCCUGCCUCACUCACGGCAGCCGCAUCACCCACUGCAAAGCCCUCACCAGUUACGUAAACUCCUGCCAGCUGGCUAAUACAAACGUCUCGCCAGAGUGGAAGCAGAUCACUAGAUGCCCUUAAAAAGAUGUUCUUCUAAAGCCUUUCAUCAACGCAAACAAUGUAAUAAAAUAUCUAUAGACCUGCAAAUGAAGAGGAGAGUGUCUGAGUCCUGACGUCUAUUAAGAUUCACAGAAAACGGCUGUAUUUACAUUUUUUGUUAUUCACCUUCUAUCUGUAUCCAGUGUCAACAGUUUGACAAUUAUUCACUUCAUCUAAAUGCAAGUCAUCUAAAUAUUUCACUGUAAGAUUCAACUUUCACUUGUGUUUUCUCUUCUUGUUAUUAAAUGCCUACAGCAACAUUAAA